AUGAGUGAAUGUUUGAAAUAUCAAACACCAGAUGAUGGUUGCAUGGCUUAUGCAAUUAUUUCACAUAACAUUGAUUUUGUUACAUUCUUGAUGAAUGAAUACAAUAUAGAGAUCGAUUUAGAAGAUUGUGGAGUUUUCAAUAAUCUUGAAUCCUAUUUAGUUUAUUUCGAUCAAACUAAGGAUAUAAACAAAUGUUUUGUUUAUUCACCAAUUCUUAAUAUUCCAUCCCUUUUGGAAUAUUUUCUUUCACAUGGUGCUAAUAUCAAUGAAAAAAAUAACGAUGGAGAAACCGCACUUUAUAUUGCAGCACGGAAUAAUAGUAAAGAAACCGCUGAAUUUCUUAUUUCACAUGGUGCUAAUAUCAAUGAAAAAGAUAACGAUGGAGAAACCGCACUUCAUAUUGCAGCAUUGUUUCAUCAUGAAGAAAUAGUUGAACUCCUUAUUUCACAUUGUGCGAAAAAAUAA